AUGAACAAUAUGACAGAGGUUAAAGAGCAAGAGGCUGCUCGCCUACGUCGAACAGUCAUUAUAGCUACGAUCGUUUCAACAUUUGCAGUCUUCUCUUCUAUUAUAACACUUCCUCUAGUUUAUAGUUAUUUGCAAACUUUACAAACUCAUAUGGCCGACGAAAUGACAUAUUGUAGGACGAAAACCAGGGACAUGUGGAUUGAGGUGUUCGCCGUUGAGGAUAGUUUGAGAGGGUUUCGAAACCUUCCUAAGAGAUCAGCAAAUGCAACUUCCGAAGACAAUAACGAUCCCACCUCAGCAAGAGUUCGUAGAGAAUGGUCAUUUGGUCAAUGGAUUGAUGGGAGGAAGAAAGCGAAAGGAGUGAAAAAUGCGAACCAAUAUAACAAUGGUGAUUCCUACAUCCCAUAUCAAACGGAAGCAGCUGCUAUUGAAGAAUUUGAACCAUCAUGUUGUUCAUGUCAACAAGGUCCACCAGGUCCACCUGGACCAUCAGGAGAUGAUGGGGAAGAUGGAUUAGAUGGUAAACCGGGACAAAAUGGAUUGAAUGGCCGUGAUGGACAACUUCUACCGCCUUUGAGUAAUCCACCAGAGCCAUGUAUUAUUUGUCCUGCUGGUGCAGCAGGCCCUUCCGGACCCAUGGGUCCUAAAGGACCUCCUGGACCUAGAGGAUCGCCUGGAAUUUCAGGACAAGAUGGAAAAAAAGGAGAACCAGGUCUUACAGGACCUUCAGGACCAACUGGGCGACCAGGAAAGCCAGGACCUAAAGGUCCUAAAGGAGAAGAUGGAAGAGUCAUAAUCAUCGCUGGACCCCCUGGACCUCCUGGUGUUCCGGGAUUGCCGGGCUCCCCAGGAUUAAAAGGCAUUAGAGGGCCUGAUGGAAAAGCAGGACCACAAGGAUCUCCAGGAUUGCCAGGCGAGACAGGAUUACCAGGUUUGGACGGACGGGAAGGAGCACGAGGAGAGCGAGGUCCACCAGGAGCUGCCGGGGCUGGAGGAUCGUGUGAUCAUUGCCCUCCACCAAGACUCCCACCGGGAUACUAA